CUUUAUUCCUCAGCUUUGGUGUUUGUUCAAGAAGAUGUUAUUGCACUGAUCGAGGGAAGCCAUAUUAAUACGUCUGACACUUGUGCACUGUCUGCAGUAGCUGGUAUUCCUAUUAUCAGCCUCAGUAGAGACACCAGGCCAAUCAAUAAAUGUAAAAAAUCAGUCCAGGUGCAUCCAGGAUACAAGACUUACGCUCAUGCUUCUCUAGACAUCUUAAACACAUUUCAGUGGAAAAGGAUAGCAUUACUUUACGACGGUAAAACUAAUCUUAACGAUUUCAAGGUGUAAUAUUUGCCUAAUUAUUAUCCUGCAUUUUAAUUGAUGUAAAUUUUGAGUCAUUUUGUAUCAUUUUAUCUUUUCAGCGGAUCUCUUGCAUGAAGCUGGAUACUUCUACUCUAUCUCCCAGGGAUCUGAGCUCGCCGUGACUUUUGUUCCGAUUCCUAAGCAGAAUGAACUGGAAGACAAAGCCCACACAAUAUAUACGGCCAUGAAGCUAAUAGAAAAGCUCGAACUGGACGUUAUUUUACUUUAUACUCAAAAAGAAAAUUUGGAACUGUUUUUGAAACAGGUGAGUGCCCCUCCUCCUAACUCCUGUUCUUGUCAUUCUUCUUCUUGACUCCGAUAAGGUACAAAUUUUUUUGAAAUGCUCGUGACUGUAACUAAAAAUACCUUAAAAACAUUACACUAAAAUUAAUACGAGCAACAAUAAUUGAUUCCAGAGACAUUUGGGAUUUAAAGUGUUUUUAUGGUUACUGGUCAAGUGACCCUCAAAACGUCAACGUUUGUAACCUGAAACUGUGAAGAAUGUAGUGCACAAAUAUGUAAAAACUUGUCUAAUAAGAGUUCCAAAAUUUCAUUUGUGUGACGUAAUCACUGAUGACGUCAAAAAAAGGCCCGUUAAGUCAUGUGCAAUACUGGUUCACACGAACAAGAAUUUGAAACAACUUAAGACUCAAUAUUUUCUAUAGUUGAAGAGAUAUUGUGAAAGGUUUGCACCCAUGAGUCAUUUCUUAGGGCCUGUUUACAAGGAUAGAGGGUUACCCUUGUGCGAUGUAGGGUUACCCUAGCAAGUGGGUUAAAGUUAGCUCUAGUUUACAACCAAAUUUCACAGGUAGGGUUACCCUAUCACCCGAGUCAACUUUACCAGCUUUGCUGACGUGUUUUGUCAAGCGUGACAGUCUUUGUAACGGUCCAAAAUUUGAAAUAAUCUUGAAGUUCUCGAUGGAAAACACGUUAUUUUCACAAAAAAAGGGAAAAUACUAUCAUCGUGGAGAGAAAAUAACUUUAUAUUUUUCAGCUGUUUAUAAUUUAGCUCAGAAAUUGAAUAAUACCGUUCAAAUUGGCACGAUUACUGGUCACGCAUGACAGCGGAAAGUUGACCCGGGUAGGCGAGUUAUCCUUAACUGAGCGUUUACAAGACAGGUUAAGGGUUACCCUAGCGGUAGGUAACCUUAGCACUCAGGUAGGUAGAGUUACCCUAGCGCUAGGGUAACUCUACCUGCCUUGUAAACACGUCGUGUGAAAAAAGAAGAAAUAUGCGAGUGCUAGGUAACCCUAACCUAAGUGCUAGGGUUACCCCAGUAAGACCCUCCCUCCUUGUAAACAGGGCCCUAAGUAGGUUGAGUAUAAUCGUCUAGGUAAACAAAAUCCUGUUGUUGACAGUAGAGAGCUUUACAUUCUAACACGAGUACGACUACGAGUACGAGAUUUUCUUAAUAGUAAGUUUAGUGCUCGCGCGUGAACCAGCGUCAUUUUGGCGGGAAAACGUGGUAGCCGUCGUCAUUCUAUUAUGAGUUUUAGCGAGAAUGUCGAAGUGGCGGAAACAAGUUAUCAAAUGUUAGAAGUUUGAUCAUUUUGCGAUCGGGAGUGGGUGUAACCUCCUUCACCAAAGGUAACAGUGGUAACUUUUCUAUUGAAGAAUGAUAAAAUGAAGCUUUCAGGGGAGUCUAUAUUUUGAGAAUACGCGAAAAAAGAUUUAAGUCAAAUCUCGUUCUCCUAGUCGUCCUCGUCGGCUAAUCUAAAGGUCUCUAGUGACUGACGUUUCGACAACCUGUGUGGUAGUCAUCGUGACCGAUUUUUAGCACUUUUUUUUUCAAGCCUGAUUUAUUCAUUUUCAUUAUUAAUGAAGAAACUUUGUUUUCUGUAGGAAAGAUGUGGAAAAGUGAAGGGCUACAAAUGGAUAAUUGAAGGACAGGUUUGCUUAUGGCCUUAACAGCUAGCAAAUUUUAGUAAGACCAAGAAUAAACAAAGCCAUGUAGUGACUAAUUCUCUGUCUUCAUCAAAUAUUUCAUACGUGUAAAAUGUCGUUGUUAAUGGCUGCUUCUGGGCUUUUUAAUCGCAAAAUCAUCUGUCCAGUUGAUAAAGUCCUUUAAAGCUGGAAAAUAUGAUUUAGCCAAAAAUAUACAUUUUGAGCAACUUAACGUCUAGAGAAUGCUGUAUUCAUCGCUUCUUUUCUUUCUGUUCUUCUGGAAAAUAAUAAAUGGAUAAUCCUACUAGGGUCUACCCGGUCAAUGAUAUGAAUAAUAAGUCACCCUUUUUAUAGGUACCAGGAAGCCUAAAAAGUCGACCCAUGCAUGUGGUUUUGGCUUUCAAGCUUCCAUAUAACAGGAAACUGGCUCCCGAGGAACUCAGGGAAAAAGAAAGGGGAAUCAGUGCUAACUAUUCUCGAAAGGUAAUGUGUAGAUUUAGCCAAGGCCAAAAGCGAAGCUCUCUGAGAAACUUUUUAGAAAUGAUGGUCUUCCUGAAAAAGUUGUUUGAACCUACGAUCUCUUGAAUACCACAACUACAAGGCAAAGAACUAACACACGUCACCUCAAUCAGUUGUACACCAGGCCCCGGUUGAACAAACGUUAGAUAGCACUAUCCAGCCGAUAAGUAGUUAAAGAAACCAAUUGCGUUAUCCACUGGACAAAGUGGAUAACUCAAUUUCUCGCAUGGCCGAUUAACUUUUGCUGUUCCUGAGUGGCUUUGCUCUCAUUUUUUUUUUUUUUCGCAAUUAUUUCCUUUAAAUUACUUUACUCCUUCUUUAGUAUCAAGAGCACAAUAAAGAUUGUUGUUUGUUGUUGUAGUUGUUGUUGUAACCGACUUCGUGCACUGAUAUAUUCCAUACAGGAACUUGUUGCUAUUGCCUACGAUGCAGUGCAGAUAAUCAAGCAGUCCCAGAAUAUAGAGCCAUGUGUAUCAAUAAACGGCUCGGCCGUUACUUCCGAAGAUCGAGAUGCAUUGUUUUCGUGUAUGACGAAGGUAAAGUUAAACCAGUUGUUUUGGGCAAGUGCAGACCGAAAAAUAGUAGUCCGAGUGUUUCAAUAUGUACUGAUUUUCCUUCCUUUUCCUUAUUUUUUUUUUUCUUCCAUCAUAACGUGUUCAUGAAUAAAUUAUGCAGGAAAACCGAAAUUGAGCAAAAUCCUUAGUAUGAAAAGCUUUUGAUGCUAUAUUAAUAAAAAAAAAUCUCAUGUGCAUUCGACAGGUAAACUUUGACGGUAUAACAGGAUCUGUCAGAUUUAACGAGGAUGGAGAAAGAGCAGCAGUGCAGCUGGAAAUUUUGAAUCUGAGAAACGAUUCCUUUCAGCAAGUAAGUACCAUGAAGUGGUCAACCAAUUCCUUUCAGGCAAGGAUUGAAAUAAAGCUCGGAUAUCCGCUCAAAUAAACGGUGCAGGAAGAGUUAAAACCUCUUAAUGGUAACAAUUCAAAUUGGUGUUACCUAAAAUGGUCCAAAAUUAAGAAAAUGUUUAACAGCAGUUAAGAAAAAAACUGCAAAUAAAUCAUGUAUCCAAGCAUGAAUAUUCAUUGUUGUUGUUAUUAUUAUUAUUAUUAUUAUUAUUAUUAUUAUUAUUAUUAUCAUCAUCAUUAUUAUUAUUAUCAUUAGAGCAACGCAUUACAUCUUUUGUUGUAGAAAUAGGAAUUGGGAUAGCCCAGACUUAAUGAAAUUUUGAUUUCUUUUCUUUUCUUUUCUUUUCUUUUUUCUUUCUUUCUUUUUUUUUUAAUUAAUCCAAUCUCAAGCAGCAAUUGUAAAUCGCAUAUACGACGCGAGAUUUACAACUGUAUAUUCAAAAAAGUUGAUUUCCAAGUCUUUGUAAUUGUUAAGCUUUUCUGUGGUUUUGACUGAGGUGUUGGUCUCGAAGGGUUUAUCCUUCUUGUUGUUAAGCACAAUGUCCGGCCUUUUAGCUGCUAUGGUCCUAUCAGUGUGGAUGGGCAUGUCCCACAGAAUAGUGACGCUGUCAUUCUCAGUGACAGUCUUGGGUUCAUGCUCAUACCAUCGUUCCUUCACUUCAAUGCCAAACUCUUUGCAGAUCUUCCAGUGCAUGUGUGCAGCUGCCUUGUUGUGGCGGUGAAUAUAUUCAGUUUUAGCCAGUUCAGGGCAGCCAGAGACCAGGUGGUCAAUGGUCUCGUCGAAACGGCCACACAGUCUACAUUUUGGGUCCAAGUUAGGCUUCUUGAGGAUGUUGUGUUGGUACCAGCGUGUUGGGAGGCUUUGAUCCUGGGCUGCGAUUAUGAAGCCCUCGGUUUAGCCAUCUGUGGGUAUUGUCUUGGUCCAUGUCAGCCUGUUUCACCCAUUGUGGGUAUUUGCCGUGGAGCGCUUUUGAUUCCCACUUGGACCUAAGCUGUUGGCGACCCUGGUGUUUGGCCUUGGCCUUUGUUCUGCAGCUUAGGUGGUAUUCACCUCAUCCUCUGCAGGUGGUACUGCCAAUUCCCGAAUAAAUUUCAUUGACUGUCUGCUGAUGGAGUACAAGGACUUCCGGUCGUCAUGGCCUUUUGACAAAGUGGAGAAGGGAAUCCUGCGUCUCCUGGAAGUAUUUAUCAAGACCGAUAGUGGUUGACUCGUAGGAAAGCUCCAGUUGUAUGAAGCCUCCACCUCCUUCAUUUCUGGGCAGGUACAGCCUGUCCACGUCAGAUUUGGGGUGGUGCAUCUUGUACAUGUUCAGGAAGUUUCUAGUCUUUGUAUCAAGUUUGGCCAGCUCUUGUAACGUCCAGUUUAUGGUGUUAAAACUGUAAGUUACCACCGGUACUUUCAAGGUGUUGAUGGCUUCCAGUUUAUUUGCGGAGUUCAGCUCCGACUUGAGUACCAUCCGGAUCCUGCAGUAGUACUCUUUCCGGAUCUUCUCUUUCAUCUGAGAGUGCUGGACUCCGUCUCCCUCGCUGACUCCGAGGUACUUAUAGGUACCUUCCUGAUCUAAGUUCUGUAUGAUGGUGUUGACGUCGAGCUCGAUGUUACUGGAGUCGGCUAGUCGCCCUCUCUUGAAGGUGGCUUUGGCGCACUUGUCCUAUCCGAACUCCAUGCUUAUGUCGUCAAUGAAAGAUUUGAUGGUUCUCAACAUGUCCGUUAGUUCGUCGUCUUUUUUUGCGUGUAGGUCUUCUCUUCAUCCAUGUAGAAGAGGUGGCUGAUCUUUCCGUGGGAGGUGUUGUACCCAUAGCCACUCUUGUUCAGGAGGGAGCUUAGAGGAGCAAGAGCAAGACAAAAGACUAGAGGUGACAGAGAGUCUCACUGAUAGAUGCCACUUUUGGUUUUGAUAGGUCUGGAUGUCAUCAUGCCCUUGUCGUGGUUUAUUAUUAUUAUUAUUACUAUUAUUAAUGUUUUUAUUAUUAUUAUUAUUAUUAAUGUUUUUAUUAUUAUUAUUAUUAUUAUUAUUAUUAUUAUUAUUAUUAUUAUUUUAUGUGCCACAACAGAAACUAUAGGAGCUUAUGAGAGGUUAGGCAUCCUCGAACUACGGGCUAGAGAUGUUUAACAGCAAUUGAAGAAAAGAUAGCGAAAAGUCGAAGAUGGAAAGAGUUAUAAACUGUUCUCAUAUUUCCUUAAUAAUUAAAUCUUCGGCAGUUUUUUUUCUUAAAAAGUAAAAGGAAAAGAAACCCUCUAUAACAAUGUUUCAGGAGUGUUUUGGAAAAAGAUCACCGUUUUUUAUUUAAUUAUUUUUUUACUAUUAUGACUGUUUUAUGUUCGUGAUAUUCAUAUUGCAAUUUAUAGGAAAAGCUUCAUUUUGAGGUAUCAAUAUUUAUGUAGCUUUUUCAAAAUUCGUUUUCAACGAUUUAUUAUAAAUUAUUAUAAUUGUAAUUAUUAUCAUUAUUGUUUUAUUAUUGUCAUUGUCUCGUUCUAGUUUGUUUACUUUAUUUUUUGCUGUCAGAUAGGGACUUGGAAUUCAACUAAGAAAGCUGUGGUGUUUGAAAACAUAUGCCCUAAUAUGAAUGAGUCUAACAGAGGCAGAAGCAUUGAAGGAAAAUUUCUAAGAGUUGUUAUUUCAGAGGUACGCAUGAUGUAUUUGCGUAAGUGUUCCUCGAAUUUCUAAGCCUGUGCCAGGCUCUAAGAUAGUAGAUACGUUUAAAAUUCUAGCUUAAUGAUGAAGAUAAUUACUAGCUAAGAAUGGUUAUCAUUAUCGUCAUCACCAUUAUCAAGUCUCGAAACUCGCGCGUCACAAUUUGUGGUUUUCACUUCCUCGCAGUGAUCAGUUUUGAAUAAUCUUAUGACGGCACAACAUUAGGGGCCAAUUUAGAUACCGGCGUGACUUUGUAGAAGUAUUAUUACGGUACCUAUUUGCCUACCUUUUCGCCAAGUUAAGUGUCACAGUGGCAACAGCCUUAGACUUAAAAACGCGUUGCUGGCAAGAUUUUCUUGAACUUCGGAUAACUGUGGAACCAUGAUUUUGUUUUGCGAUUCCAAGUAGAUAUUCAAAAUCAUGGUAAAGGGUGUUUGAGGUAUUUUUUAAGGUACGUAGAGUUGCUGACACUUGGGAAAAAUUACCUACUAUUAAUCUAGCCGCAAUGAUCUUCGUGUUAAAAUUGGCGUCGUAGCUAUAGCUUUCAUUUCCUUUGUUAUACAUCACAGGAAGAGCCGUUUGUCUUCAGGAAAAGACAGGAUGAUGGACAGGAUGCAUAUGAAGGAUACUUCAUUGAUCUGCUAAACGAACUUGCAAAAACACUUCAUUUCACAUAUCAUAUCAAACGUUCCGCUGACGGGUUUUUCGGCGUUGAAACGAAUAACGGAUCUUGGAAUGGCUUGAUAGGAGAGAUACUCAACAAGGUUAGAAAAACAAAAUAGAAUCUUCAUACGAUUAAUAGACUUUAUAGUAGCAGUGAAAUCGGUAACGAAUCAUCCAGGUAAAAACAAACUAGCUAACUACAGUUUGCAAGAUUUUUGCUAAAUUUAAGAGGGAAGCUAUCACACGACCAUAUGUGACCACUGAGUUAAUAACGUCUCAGCUCAUUUCAUUUUCAGACGAAAAAUGUUUUUGCUGAACAAUUAAACUAACGUCGGCUAAUUUUAAACAAAAAAUAUUAAGUUUCUUCCAAAAACUAUUGUGGAAGAAAGAAGGGUUGCUAUUCUUAAUAAGUAUACCUUUUUUCUCAAUAGCAUGCAGAUGUUACCGGAGUUCUGACCUUAACUGAAAGCCGUGAAAAGGUGGUUGACUUCACUGUUCCCUUGAUGUAUUACACUGAAGACAUGCUCCUCAAAAAAACAUCGUUCAACAAUGGAUCAAUUGAUUUUCUGCAGUUUUUGAAUCCUUUUCACAACGACGUUUGGUUUGCAACUUUAGCUACUAUGGUAGUUAUUUCCGUUUCAAUAUUUGUGAUAAACUACUUUAGUCCAUACGGUAACAAAGAUGCGAAUGGUCGGGGGACCUCUGAAGAGUUUAGUUUCUUCAACAGCGUCUGGUUUGCAGUGGCUUGCAUGCUGCAGCAAGGGUCUGAGAGCCAGCCUCGAAGCUUGUCAGGUACAGAGUUAAGGGGAGGUUUCAUCGCAUUGAUUUUUAGAGUAUUUACAUUUCUGUUUAGUCACUUUUUUUGCACACCAAUUUGUUAAAACUCGUUUGUAUCAUGAGACUAGCUGUCAAUUAACAAGAUGAUUGAUUGAACGUAUCCGAUAUCGCUAGAGAUAAUUAUCAAGUUUGCCUUAAUUAAGUUUUUAACAUUCUUUUCUUGCACAAGGUCGUAUUCUUGCUGGGUGUUAUUGGUUUUGCAUUCUUGUCUGGGUUUCGACGUACACCGCAAAUCUCGCAGCUUUUUUAACUGUAAAAAAUGCUGCGACACCCAUUAAUAACCUGGACGACUUGCUAGCUUCUUCUUAUAAAGUUACCACAUUACAAGCAGGAGCUGUUCAUGAGUUUUUCGAGACAAGCAAUUUUGAAACUCACAGAAGGAUUUGGCACAGAAUUCAAGCUAGCAACUCUUUGACUCAGAACACAAGUGAAGCUGUUCAGUUAAUCCGUGGCGGAAAGGAUGACUAUGUAUUUAUUUAUGAUGGGCCAACCGUUCGACAUAUUGCCAACAAGCCACCCUGCGAUCUAAUAACAGGUUAGCGUAGAAGAUCAACUGACAUUUUAAAACGCUGAAACAUUAUUUAUGUACUAAUUUCAGACAGUACUGAUUCAUUUUUACUUUAAGAAUAUCAGCUCGUCUUCGUACGCACACUGAUAUGUUGAAUUAAGUGUUUAAUUUAUAUUAUUAUUCAUUCAAAACAUUUCCCUAAUUCUGAUUGGCUAAAAGCACACGCAUAAUUCACCAUAACCAGUUACUAAUGACCAAAUUUGGAAGAAUUUUGGGUUUAACGAGGAAAUGACGUCAAAAAUGCAGCCCGCUACAGAUUAAGGCACCGUUACCGAGAAGACCUGGGGACGAGGUUGAGUUGUUUUGGUUGUGGAAAAAAAAAUGGCGGACAUUUCACUCGUUUCAAGAGUAAGAACUACAGUUGGAACUAAGCGAAAUAAUAGAUAAAAAUACGGCAAAAACAGCAAGAAAACAACUCGGAAGGCGAAAUCUGCUAUUUGGAGAAUAUUUGCAGAGCUGGACAAACCUAAACGUACACUAUCGAAGAUGAACUCAAUAUCGAUGCAGGUAAGCAUGUUUUAGCUAUGUUUUUAAACUAGGAAUUGUUUUGAAUGAAUUAUAAAGCAAUUAAUGAAUUCGGCUUUCGUAGGAUAAAAAGAAUUAAGCAGAUCUUGGAGGGUGUUAUUCACCUCGGCCUUCGGCCUCGAUGGAUAACACCCUCUUCGAUCUGCUUAAUUCUUCAUAUCCUACAGCCUCAUUCAUUAAUUGAAAGUUAAUUAUAACUAUUUUCUUUUCAGUAACUUAACUUAUAAGCUUUUGUGGGAAUAAGAAAGUUAUAAAUGUUAACCAAAAAGCAGCAGAAUAAAAAAUGGCAUAUAUUGUUACCUCGCUAACAAAAAAAAAGUGAAAAGAUGUCCUUCUUCUCCAUUUCAGGGAUGAUAAAUCAAAAUUUUCAUAUAAAAUCAAAAUGAGGCGGAUUCUUAUGUUGUCGCUGCUCGUCUCAGCCACAAAGCCGUAAAAAAAACUUUUCAAAGGUUAUUCAGUUUUGCUAUAAUUUAGUCAUACAUGCAACCCGCGUAACUGUAGGAUGCCACAUGAGAAGAUAAAGUUUGCAGCAGUUUACUCUGGAUUUUGAUACGCAAAACAGAGAAUCGUAUCAUUUAUUAGAAAAAAAUAAAGUAGAAAGAGGGCGCAACUUAACAAAAAAAGGUUAAUGUAGAUGAACAUUUUCAGAAAAUAACGCAUAAAAGAUUUAAAAUCACCAAUUUUCCAGUUGCACGCCAGUGACAGCCAAAAAUGCCAGUACGGUACUUUAAGUACAAAUUUACUUACCUCAAGUAGAAUAAGAGUAAAUUGCCUUAAAAGGAUAAUUUGAAUUAUUGAAUUUUUAGUUACUUUUCUUUUUAUGUGAUGCAAAAGUGCAUGGCAUAAAUGAAAUGAUAACGAAAACUCGGAUCAUUUUACGUCUCUGUGAAACUGCCCACCUACCCCUCCCCUAAACCAACGUUAACCCUUAGUUCUUAUUUAGGGCAAAAUGUUGGCUUAGGGAAGGGGUAGGUGAGCAGUUUCACAGAAACGUAAAAUGAUCCGAAAACUCUUCUCAGUGCCAGGUUUAAGCAACGCCAAAGGACUUGGUCUCGCUUUCCAAGCGAAUGAUCCAUAUGUAACAGAUUUUACACUGGCCAUUUUGCGCUUACAAGAAAAUGGUUUCCUAGAAAACCUGAAACGUAAGUGGUGGGAGUCUUCCACUGGAUGUGCUAAAGAAAAAGACACAGGUAAGAAUAUUGAAGACAUGAGCUUUCCUCAGUAGAAUUUUCAGUCUCUUUGAUACGUUAAAAAAAAAAAAAAACUGUAAAGGCCUCAAAGGAAACUUACGGAACUCUUGGAUUCGUCAAAUUUUAGGAUUGGUUCAAGACCAGCCUUGUCUGUACAGAUUGCGGCCAGCAGUUGCACAAAAGAGGCUAUUAAAAGCUGGUUGUUGAAAUUCGCCCAUUUCAAAAAUUUAGGGCCUACAAAGGAUAGUAAUGAUUUCGCCCUGUUGCGGAAAGGAUCUGUCAGCAGUACAAAGUCUGUAAUACUUAGUUCUGAAAUUUGUAAAAACAACCUGGAACUAAGAAAAAUUAGCUUCACCGCGGAAGAGAUUGCUCAGUUUGUAGCUGGGAGCUAUAGAGCGAGAGGUCACUAAUCCCUAGGACCGCAUUAAUGUACCAAUGCGUACUAUCUACAAACAGUUAAAAUGAUGAUAAAAGCGAAAAUGAUAAUGACUCGUCUCCGUUAGGGAAAGCAAUAGCUUAUAGUGAAACCAGUUAUAACUUCCCCGCCAUGGAGUAUAUUGAAACAGAAAUACCACGAGGUGUUCUCUUUAUUAAACAAAUGUUCACGGUCUCAUCUUUUGAAACCUUAGAAUAUACGUUUCUCGAGUGAAUACCCGAUGCAAAGACAUCUCAUUUAUAUUCUUAUGAGGUUAUUAAGUGAAAACGUACUGCUUGCAAUGAGCAGACCUAACAAAUAACCUCUUGCUACGGAAAAGAUAAAACACUAUGGGUUCCAACUUAUACCUGGUUCUUUGAGAACCUUUUUUCAGGUCUAAAUCUAAACAUUCGCUAUUUUCCCUUAGUUUUGUCGCAAAAGAGAAUCGGCUUAACAAGUAUGGCGGGAGUGUAUGUUGUCUUGGGCGUUGGAUUGGUCUUGUCAUCCCUUGUGCUGAUCGCAGAAAUUGCCUGGAAAAGAAAAUUGAAGCUGAAGGCGAAAAAGGUAAAGGUCAGUUAG